AUGGAGGCAAUCGUGUCGGCUCAGCAGGCUACGGUCGAAGAGCCGUACAGUAUAUCAAGCCGUCUACGGCUUUCAAAAGCGUACCAAGCACUUGGUUAUCCAGAUCUCGCUGCGGGUGAUGCAUACAAAGCCCUCAUCCUAGUGGAUGAAGUACUCGAUGAAGGCGAAUACCACGACGAAGCCUUGGAGGCAGCACGAACAGACGUUAUCUCUGAACGUAUGACAGAAUUGGGCAUGAAGGAUGAGGAGAAGAAUUCGUCUUUAGUAGAUGAUGACAUUUUGACAUGGGCGCAAACGCGCUGGUCUAGGAGCGCUCAUGAUAUACUAAUCAGCUGCUUAUUGGACUGUGGUUGUCUACGCAGUGCAUCUGACUAUAUAUCCCGCGCAAGAAAAGCCUUUCCGGAAGAUCCGGUCUUCAAGGACUACGAGAAGUCUUUGUGGAACCAUUUGCGGACUUACUUCGAGCAUCAAGGGGAGUCUGCUGAGAACGUCGAUGUAGAAGACUAUCCAGACAAGGGCUUCGUCCGCCGCGAACAGUAUCCUUGGAACCAUCAUGAGCCGGACCGCUUCUCUGCAGAGUGCCUCGACUUCCUUAAUGAGGAGCUCGCGGAUAUAGCACCAAAACUGGAGGUCAGAGUCUCUGAGUUGCCUAUUCUCAGUACUACUUCGACAACUGACGGAACGAACCCGGGAACAAACUAUACGAAGCAACUGGGCUUAUUUGCUAAAGACGAAAUAACACCUGGCGAGACCAUUUUGGAGGAAAAGUCUUUACUUACCGCUAUAUCAAGGCUUCAUGAGUCGUAUUGCGAUGCUUGCGUUAUACCACUUUCGAAUGGAGACGAUACAGUGAUAUCCUGCGAAGAAUGUGAAGAAGUAUUCUUCUGCAGCGAAGAGUGCCACGACCUAGCUCAAGACCAGUAUCAUCCAGCGCUAUGUGGUGUCAGCGUCGACCAGGGCAAGGUACCCGCACGUGAGGCGGCAGACUAUCUCUAUACCCUUCUCCUUGUCCGCGCACUAGCGUUAGCGGAGACCCUGGAUCUCCAUCCUUUGGAGUUGAAGGAAGUGCGAUACAUUUGGGGUGACUAUCAUGGCAAAGAUCUCGAGACCGUGUGGCAAGCGGAUGCUUCGGGUCGCCUGAGCGAUGCUUUUGCACACGUACCGCAAACGCUUCCCUUCUCGUUCAAGAGCAACAUACUCAUGCCGUUGCAUGUUCUAGAAAAGAUGGACAUCAACAUUUUCACCCAAAGUCACCGCUAUGAUACCUGGGUCUUCAACACUCUGUAUGCGAAGUUCCGCGGAACAGCGUCUGCGCAGCAGGGGCUCGACGGAAGGCCUGAGAUUAGCGCUGUUCAUCCUAUGUGGUGUCUCGCGAAUCAUAGCUGUGAUCCUAAUGUCGCCUGGGAAUGGCGUGGGUCGAUGCGCUUUUGGACCCGCGAAGAGUUGGUUGAUUGGAAGGGUAGAGACCCGAACAAGGGGCCUGGUCUCAAGAGAGAUGAAGAGGUGUUUGGCCACUACUGCGACGUACGUCUGCCGGUGAAGGAGAGACGGGAAUGGGCUUCUGGAGCACUUGGCGGAGAUUGUAUGUGCGCUAGAUGCGUCUGGGAAGAGGCGGAAGAACGGAAGCACAGUGCUUCGCAAUAA